AUGUCCGAAUUGUUGGCACCUAGUGCAUUGGUCGACCCGUGGCCUCGGUCGAUAUUCGUCCAGGUAUACGACCUCAUUGUGGAUACUAAUCUUGCCUCUGUUCUUCACGGAGUCCCUCUCGCUUUCCGCGCCUAUGAGCCAUCGGCAGGACUUGACUUCAGUACCCGUCGACUGUUGCAUUGCUUCGAUGAUCUGCUCCUCGGCACCUGGCCUGGAGAGCUGGGGGACCUCCCCGAUGUGCGAGAGGGCCCUAUCUAUCCAUUGCUUGCUGGCGUCGAAUACUCUGAGUACCUCUGCCUCUGUGUUGAGCUCUACCGCCAGAUCGCCGCUGCUCCUCUGUGGGAGUCGUGUGUCUCGGGGCUCCCAUACGGGGAGGUGUUUGGUGAGGAGGUGUUUGCCGUUGAGAUUGCUGUGUCUGACGAGGUGUCGGGAGUGGCUGGCUCUAAGCUGCCUGAGCCCAGAUAUGAUUUGCGCGAGGCUCAGGUCAUCUACACUCUCGAGUGGGUCGUCUUCCAGAUCAGCUUGGUCCUCCCUGCGAAGGAGGGGGACAACUGGCAGGAAUUUGCCCUUCUUCUGAGGUUGUGGCUCGGUGCUGUCGGCGGCGCCCCUCGAUGGGCUUCUGCUGCUGUCUUGUCCAUCUGCCUCAAAGGCCGCCAGGCGGCGCUGCAGUCUGGUGCUGCAAGCGAGUUCGUGGCGAGCCGAGGUCUGAUUCCGAAGUGCAGUCAGCUGCUGCAUGUCUCAGCCACGCCAAAAGCCACCAACUCAUCCAGGAAGAACGUUUUCCUUCGAUUACGACUCAGCAGUCGCAGGCUACGUAUCGCGGGCUUUUGCUCCGAUUUGUCCCCCAAGGAGACAGGAAGAACCCCUCAUAUUGAUGAUGACAGCUUCGACAGAGACACGGACAGCAGUGGCAGCUGCAGCAGCAGUAGCAGCAGCAGUAUCCGCAACGGCAGCAGCAGCAGCAGCAGCAGUAGUAGCAGCAGCAGUAGUAGCAGCAGUAGCAGCAACGGCGGCAGCAGUAGCAGUGACAACAGCAGUGACAGCAACAACGUCGGGAUCAGUGGCACGAGCAAUGCCAACAACGUAGAGCAGGGAGCUGAAGAGGCGAGUGAAGCGAAUAGCUGGAGUUCACUUGCUCCAGACUUUGUACGGCACCAAGACCCAGUUCUGCCCCUCAGCGAGUAUCCCGCGGAUGAACAAAUCUAUGACGAUGAACUGUUCCCGAGACCCUCACUGGGAGAGAAGACGUCGCUCUCCCGAAUUCCCAGCGGUGCUUCGAGCCCCACGAGGAGGUAUACGAUGUCUUGAGGUAAACAACUGAUAAUCGAGCUUGAUCAAGAGUCACGGCCUCAGCAAAGGAGCGUGGAGAAUAGAGCAAUCCCGGACUGCCGGACCGCCUUCCAUUACAUUGUCUGGAGGCAAGCUCUGCCACUUUCCUCGACACUUUCUCUGUUCUCCUUAUCAUCCUUUGCUACUGUACUUUCCCAGAUGGCAGGAGGAGACGCAAUGCGGCUGCUCCUCUCUCAUUGGUAGGCGCUCACAUGAUACAUCUCUCGGCAUCGGUGGUGGAAAGUGGUCCCCAUACGGUGAGACAGCGCUCCGCUCUAUUCCUCAUCGCCGGCAGGUCCUUCUUACAAGUAUUGCCCUCCAGUCUCUCUUCCCACGACAACAACCCUUGCCACAUUCGUUCUUCAGUCUCUCGUCCAUGAAGAGUCACGCCAAAAUCGACGCUUGUCUUUAUCUCUCGGGCUAGUGUUGUUUCCAUAGCCAUGCUUGAGUUUUCGUCUGAA